GUUUGGCCAAUAUAAAUACUCAAUACCCAUUUUCAAAAUCAUUAACCUUCUAUAAUAUUUUCAGUUGCAAAAGCCUUCUACUCCUACAAGGAAUUAAGAUGAUGGGUUAUUGGUUAGCUGAGAAUAACACAGAAGCCUACCUCAAAUCCAUGAAAAUGGGUAAGAUGGUGAAUGAAGCGGAUGUAGCAGAUUUCAUUUCAGCAAUUGCAGCCGGAAACAAUGCUCAACUCAUGGUGGUUGUAGGUGGUGCCACCUCCAGGUCCACCACUUUAGGCCUUUUGGCGGCGGCUGACCAAACCGGUGGGCAUGUGAUUAGCAUCUGUUCAGGAAAAGAGGAUUUGCAGUCCUCCAAAGAAUCCCUUGGGCCAGAUGCGAGACGAGUUGGGUUUAUUGUUGGGGAUGCGGAAACACUGUUGCUAAAUAACUACAGGGACGCUGAUCUUGUGGUUAUCGACUGCAAUCUUAAGAAUCAUGAACGGAUUUUAGGAGCAAUACAAGGGAAUGGGAGGGAAAAGGGUACAAUUGUGUUGGGAUAUAACGCAUUUUGGAAGGAUUCAUGGCAGUGGAGCAGAUCAAAUAGUCACUUGGUGCCCAUCGGAGAAGGGUUGUUGUUGAUGAGAAUCGCCGGAAAAUCUGGGAAUAGUGGUGGUGGUGGUGGUAAGCAUACCCGCAAUGGCAGCUAUGGUGGAAGCAAGAAAGGCCAUUGGGUUGUUAAAGUAGAUAAUUGCACAGGCGAAGAGCAUGUUUUUCGAGUCAGAUCGUAGUUGUCAAAGCUUACACUUUUGGCGUCUCGUGAUUCUGAUUCUUGAAUUUUCAAAGGUCAAAUUUGUUAGGGGGAGUUGAUUCUUAAAUGUAUAUAACAACUAAUGGGGUGUUUGUCUUUCUGGGUGACUUGGAAGAUUAUGUUUUCUAGAACUAAGAUACAGUUUUUUAAUGUUCUGUUGUACCUCAAAUUCGUUUUCGAAUGAGAUAGGAUGGUAAGAUGAAAACCAACUAUUUCAUUUGUAUUCAUUUGUACCAUUUAGCAUUCAUAAUGCAUGUUUGGAUUAAAAUAUUAAAUAAAAGAAAUUGGCAUUAAUAUAGCUCAAUCAAAUUAA